UGAAACGUGUUAAGAACAUGGCAGUGAUUUGGCUUCUAUCGCUUCUCUUCCUCAUCUCUAUCCUUAUCACCGCCGUGAAGCGCACUAAGCAGCGCGGCGGUCGGCAACCACCAUCUCCUCCUGGUUUACCGUUCAUCGGGAACUUGCACCAGCUGGGAGCAUUACCACAUCAGUCUCUGUGGGAACUCUCAAAGAAGUAUGGUCCUGUAAUGUUAGUGAAUCUUGGAAGAGUUCCAACCGUUAUUGUCUCUUCCCCUGAAACCGCAAAACAAGUUCUUAGAGAUCAUGACCUAAAUUGUUGUAGCCGUCCAAGCGUGGAAGGCGCAAGAAAGCUUUCUUAUAACUUUAGAGACAUUGCUUUCUCUAGAUAUGAUGAUUACUGGAAAGAGUUAAGGAAGCUGUGUGUUCAGGAACUCUUUAGUACUAAGCAAGUGAACUUGAUUCAACCCAUCAAGAAGAUGGAGAUGAAGAAGCUGAUUCACUCAAUCACUGAAUCUGCUUAUAAGAAAACUCCGGUUAACUUGAGCGAGACGUUUCUUUCCCUAAAUGUUAACGUGGUUUGCAAGGCAUCAUUUGGUGUGAGUUUUCAAGGGACUGUGCUCAACAAUGAAAAGUUCCAAGGUUUAGUCCAUGAGGCUAUUGAGAUGCUGGGGAGCUUCUCUGCUUCAGAUUUUUUCCCCUAUAUAGGGUGGAUCUUUGAUUGGUUCACAGGUUUACAUGCUAGGAGAGAGAGAAGUGUGAGAGAUCUUGAUGCUUUCUAUGAACAGAUGAUUGAUUUACAUCUACAGAAAAAUAGAGAAGAAAGAAGUGAAGAUGACUUUGUGGACUUGCUUCUGAAGCUGGAGAAGGAAGAAGCUGUCCUUGGAUAUGGCAAACUCACAAGAAACCAUAUCAAAGCUAUCUUGAUGAACAUUCUUCUAGGGGGAAUCAAUACUUCUGCAAUAACCAUGACUUGGGCAAUGGCGGAACUCGCAAGAAACCCACGAGUGAUGAAGAAAGUUCAAUCCGAAAUCAGAGAGCAGAUAGGGAAAAGCAAAGAAGCAAGAGUCAUAAGCUUAGAUGAGACAGAUAAACUCAAGUACUUGAAAAUGGUGAUCAAAGAAACAUGGAGGUUACAUCCAGUGUCACCUCUUCUAGUGGCAAGAGAAGUAAUAUCUGAGUUCAAGAUCAACGGGUACACGAUUCAACCAAAGACAAGGCUUCAUGUCAACACAUGGGGUACUGGACGCGAUCCCCAGAUAUGGAAAGAUCCAGAAGAGUUUAUCCCAGAGAGGUUUAUGGACCGUGACAUUGAGGCAAAUGGGCAACACUUUGAGUUGCUACCGUUUGGAGGUGGUCGAAGAAUUUGUCCAGCAAUGUACAUGGGGGCGACAACAGUUGAGUUUGGUCUUGCGAAUCUCUUGUAUCAAUUUGAUUGGAAGAUACCAGAAGGUGUUGAAGAUAUUGACAUGGAUGAAGCUUCUGGACUAACUUCCCAUAAGAAACAUGAUCUUCUACUUGUUCCUGUGAAAUCUUUAGAUCUUUGAUCUAAACUAAGCCUAUAUUUUGUUUGGUCGAAUAAAACUAAGUCUAUAGUUUAUAGUUUACUUUAUGAAAUA